AUGCCUGGAUACAUUGACAGCUAUCAUGACCAGCAGGACCGGGAGGCGGAUCCCCAAGACAAACCUUUACCAGCCGAAGACGUGCAGGCCCUCGGCCUGCGUCGAGUUCCAGACCGUAUGCCGUGGGUUGCUCUGCUCAUCAUCGUCGUCGAACUAGGAGAACGAUUCACCUACUUUGGGCUGAGUGGGCCUCUGCAAAACUAUAUCAAAAAUCCACAUAUACCAGGGGCAGCACUUCCCGGUGCUCUAGGCAAGGGCCAAGCUAUCGCUACAGCGCUCGGAAACUUCUUCAAGUUCUGGGCUUAUGCAUCGACCGUUCUCGGCGCGGUGGUCGCAGACCAGUAUGUCGGCAAAUUCAAGGCCAUUGUCAUCGCAUCUGGUAUCUAUAUUGUGGGGUUGACGGUCCUUGUGGCGACGGCUACACCUGCAGCCAUCAAUGGCGGAUCCGCAUAUGGUGGCCUGAUUGCAGCAAUGGUGAUCAUCGGGCUCGGCACCGGAGGGAUCAAGGCGAACGUGACCCCGUUCUGCGCAGAGCAGUACCAGAGCGCACGAGCGUAUGUGAAGACCUUGAAGUCGGGAGAGCGCGUUGUGGUUUGCCCGCAGCUCACUGUGGAGCGAAUGUUUUUAUGGUUCUACUGGGCGGUCAAUGUCGGCGCCCUUUCGCCGUUGAUCACGGUCAACGUUGAAGCGCAUGCUUCGUUCUGGCUUGCUUUUCUCAUCCCGUUAAUAGUGAUUGUUCUCGCCGCCUUCGUCUUCAUCAGCGCCAACAGGCUGUUCGUCAAGACCCAGCCGCAGGGCUCCCCAAUUGUUGAUGCAGCCCGAACGGUAUAUGUCGCCAUUGCUGAGAGGGGUUUCAACAAUGCGAAGCCUAGCGUCCUGCGAGAACAUGGCCGGAUUGACAAGUAUUCCGUCGCAUCUGAUGCCAAAUACACAGAUCGCAGCGUCCAGGAAGUUAAGACGGGGAUUACGGCCUGCAAGUUGUUCCUCCUCUUUCCUUUUUACUUCGUCUGCUGGAUCCAGAUCUGGAACAAUCUCAUCUCCCAGGCCGGUCAGAUGGCCCUGCAUGGGACUCCCAACGAUCUUCUGCAAAACCUGGACCCCAUCGCUUUGAUCAUUUUUAUUCCUCUGCUUGACUUGGUGGUUUAUCCCCUUCUACGCCGGUACAAGAUCAACUUCCGCCCAGAGUUGAAGAUCACCGCAGGGUUUUUGAUGGCCUCCCUAUCUAUGGUGUAUGCAAGCGUCCUGCAGCAUUAUAUCUAUAUCUCUCCAGCCGAGAGUAUCCACGUCUGGAUUCAGGCCCCGGCAUAUGUGCUCGUUGCGUUUUCGGAGGCAUUUGUGAUCGUGACGGGGCUCGAGAUUGCCUUUACCAAGGCACCAGAAAGUCUUCGAUCACUGGUCUCGGCUCUGUUCUGGCUGACGAUUGGCGUGGCGGCGGCUAUCUGUAUCGGACUGGCGCCAGUGUCGCAGGAUCCGUACUUGGUCUGGAUGUACGGAUCGCUGGCCAUUGUCGGAUUUGUAGCGGGGAUUGUGUUUUAUGUAUUGUUUGGGAGGGCACUGGACGAGCCGGUGACAGUCCUGGAGUCGGUGGAAGCAGGCGUACCGGCCAGUGACGAAGAAGCUGUCAAUAGCAAGAGCAUGGUCGUGACAGCCAACAGCAAGGAAUUGUAG